AUGCCGGGGAAGCAUCUCUCCACCGCGAAUGACUACACCAAGAAAGGGUUUGAGCCUCCAGAUGCAUGGUCGGAGACUGAAGACGGGUUCUCACCGAAUCCGGAUGGUCUCUGGUGCGGCUUCUGCAAAUGUUCCUUCGAGACUACCACUGCGAGGAUGGACCACGUUGCGCAACACUUCAAGAAUGGCUUUCAGAUCAGUAAAUGGGUUUCGAGGCAGGAUUCUUCCAAAAUCAUGUUCGCAUGA